GUGACAGAACAUCCGCCUCCUCCCGCCUCCCUCCGCUGGCAGCGCCGGGCUCCCUGAGGGCCGUCAGGGGCUCUCAGCGGCGGCCGGGCCCGGCUCAGCCUCCCCGCGGCCGUCACGGCGCUCGGGGCAGUGUCCGCUCCCUGCCGGGCGGCUCCCGAUCCCACAGUGAUUUCAACAGCCGAUAAAUAAUAAAAAAGGACAAAACCCAUUAAAAAACCCCAAAAUGAUGUCAAGACAAGCUUUCCUGUGCAGCUUGGGCUCCCUGUACCUCUCCCUGCUCUUCAUCUUCCUCCUGAUGGACGUGUACGCCAGGCCUGCCAACCACUCGGUGCUGAAGGAGAGGGCAGGGGAGGGCAGGGAGGACAACGAGAUCCUGCCCCCCGACCACCUGAACGGGGUCAAGCUGGAGCUGGACGGGCACCUGAACAAGGAGUUCCACCAGGAGGUGUUCCUGGGCAAGGAGCGCGACGGCUUCGAGGAGGACUCGCAGCCCCGCCGCAACAGGAGGAAGCUCGUGGCCAUCUUCUCCAAGGUGGACAUAAAUAAUGAUAAAAAAAUCAGUGCCAAGGAGAUGCAGCGUUGGAUCAUGGAGAAAACAGAUGAGCACUUCCAGGAGGCCGUGGAGGAGAACAAAAUGCAUUUCAGGGCUGUGGAUCCUGAUGGGGAUGGUCACGUUUCUUGGGAUGAAUACAAAAUUAAAUUCUUGGCAAGCAAAGGCUUCAAUGAGAAGGAAAUUGCAGAGAAAAUCAAAAACAACGAGGAGCUGAAAAUAGAUGAAGAAACGCAGGAAGUGCUGGACAACCUGAAGGAUCGCUGGUACCAGGCGGACAAUCCCCCCCCGGACCUGCUGCUGAGCGAGCAGGAGUUCCUGUCCUUCCUGCACCCCGAGCACAGCCGCGGCAUGCUGCACUUCAUGGUGCAGGAGAUCGUCCGUGAUCUGGACCAGGACGGGGAUAAGAAGCUGACCCUGUCCGAGUUCAUCUCCCUGCCCGUGGGCACGGUGGAGAACCAGCAGGCCCAGGACAUCGACGACGACUGGGUGAGGGACAGGAGGAAGGAGUUCCAGGAGGUCAUCGACGCCAACCACGACGGCAUCGUCACCAUGGAGGAGCUGGAGGAAUACAUGGAUCCCAUGAACGAGCACAACGCGCUGAACGAGGCGCGGCAGAUGAUCGCCGUGGCCGACGAGAACCAGAACCACCACCUGGAGCUGGAGGAGAUCCUCAAGUACAGCGAGUACUUCACCGGCAGCAAGCUCAUGGACUACGCCCGCAACGUCCACGAGGAGUUCUGAGCUUCCUCCCCCUCUUCCAGAACUUUCUCUUCUCCUCCCAACCCCCCCAGAAGAAAUCCCAGGGAAGAAGGGUCCAGCGAGCGGCGGGAUUCUCGAUUUUCCGUCCGUCCCUGCGGGCUGCAGCUCCUCGGAGGGGUUUUUCCUGCUGGAAAAAAUUCCUGGAUUCAGGUAGUUUUGCUCCUUGGUUUGUGGGUUUGGAGCCAGCUGGAAUUCUGGGUGGGGAGGAUCCUGGAAUAUUCCCUGGUUUCCUUCAGCUGCUGAUCCAGGGGAUCCCAAAUAAAGGUUGGAUUUUGGGAAGGGAACGGUGACUCCAAGGAAUUGGGUCCUCCACACCCAAUUCCAUUUGGGAAAUUCCUUAAAUUUAUUCCCUGGUUUCCUUCAGCUGCUGAUCCAGGGGAUCCCAAAUAAAGGUUGGAUUUUGGGAAGGGAACGGUGACUCCAAGGAAUUGGGUCCUCCACACCCAAUUCCAUUUGGGAAAUUCCUGAAAUUUAUUCCCUUGUUGCCCUCACAGCUGCUGAUGCAGGGGAUACCAAAUAAAAGUCGAAUUUUGGGAAUUUUGGUGAUUCCAAGGAAUGUUUGAUCUCCUGGGAAUUGCCCUCACAGCUGCUGAUGCAGGGGAUCCCAAAUAAAGGUUGGAUUUUGGGAAGGGAAUGGUGAUUCCAAGGAAUGUUUGUCCUCCACACCCAAUUCCAUUUGGGACACUCCUUAAAUAUUUGUUUCCCUCAGCUGCUGAUGCAGGGGAUCCCAAAUAAAAGUCGAAUUUUAGGAAUUUUGGUGGUUCCAAGGAAUGUUUGUCCUCCUGGGAAUAUCCACACUCAAUUCCAGUGUUUUUCUCAACUUCUUGAAGAGUUGUUGGGAAUUUAAUGGAAUUUUUUCAGGGAGCUGUGGGGAAGAAUUUAUUUGAAAUGUUACAGAAAAACUUUCUGGAAUUAAAUUUUAAAAAAUCAAGUAACAUUAAUUAAGAUUAAAUUAAUAUAAAAUGACAUUGUUUUGUUGACAUCUGCACUGGGAAUUGGAGAGUAUGCUUUUAAAAAAAUCAGAUUUCAGUCAAAAAUCAAAAAACUAGGAAGUUUUUUUGGGAAUUUAAGCUGUUGGACAGAGCAGUGGGAAUUCCCAUGGAGUUUGAUGGCUGCUUAAUUAAUAUUCACUGCAAAAAUUAAUGAACUCUGUGUUAAUUAAUGCUGUUAAUGAGCUGCUGAUGAUGAUUUGGGGGAAAUUCCAGGCUUUGGAUGAGCUCUUUCCCAAAUAAAAUUGAUUUUUCCCUCUGCUUCCAUCUUUCCUGGGAAAAACCCCUCUUUGGGAAAGAAUUCCUGAAAAUCUGAGAUGUUUUAUUUGAUUAAAUUUAUUCUUAAUAUAAUGUAAAUACAGGAACUGCUGUCCCUCUUUCCCUUUUCCUGCUCUUUAUUUGAUGUUUUUAUUAAAUUCCUUGGAUAAAAGGUUUUAUAUCCA